UUGUGGCUAUGCGAUUAGCGACGUAAAGUUGUGUACAUUAGCUUAUUUUGAGUUAUGAUGUGUUGAUGUUUUUCUCGAAUAUAUACAUUGCGAUUCCUUUGUUGCAACGGUUCUGUCUACAGGCAGUGCAGUUGAGAAGAUUUGUGAAAAAAGAAGGCAAUGCGAUGCAGUUGAUAUUAGAUCCUUCCGGCAGUCAAAAUGGAACUGGAAAAUGAUAACAGCGUUAAAGAGACAGAAACUCGCGUCAAAACACUUCAAGCUACGUUAUUUCCACCACAGAUAACAAGCACUAGUAGCUAUUUUGCCAAUUUCCUUGUGAAAAACCAGUUCGACGAAGACGAUGAAUCGAAAUUUAAGAUCAAAGAGUUACCUUCCAGAGAGUGGUUUCCCAACAACAAAGAUGCUUCUUUCACUUUACAGCCUCCAAGAUGGCCGACAGAAUGCCAGGUACUGGAUAAGAGGGUACAUCACAUAUACGACAUACCGCCAACUUUCGAACCAUACUAUGUUCCUACCGGUAAUGAAAGCCAACCUAAACCAUCUGGCGAAGAAAGUGGAAUUGUUGUCUUUCAAUAUUCACCAAUAAGUGCUGUCAAUUAUUUUAGUAGGUCUAGUGUAGGAGGCAGUAAAUACCUCCUAUCAGCAAAUGUCUGCCCAGAAGAAGAUACCCUAAAAUUUGAAUCAAGAUUUGAGUCAGGAAAUUUAGCUAGGGCCAUUAUGAUAACGCCAAAUUUUUACGAGUUACAUCUGAGAUCAGACCUUUAUACAAAUAGGCACAUGCAAUGGUUCUAUUUCAAGGUCACCAAUGUCAAGAAAUCAUUUUUGUACAGGUUUUCCAUUACCAACUGUUCCAAAGAAAACAGCCUUUAUAAUGAAGGAAUGAGACCUUUGAUGUAUUCCACCAAAGACUCGCAGCUGCACUCUAUAGGCUGGCGGAGGUGCGGACAAAACAUAACCUAUUUUUGUAAUGACAAUGUGACUCCUGAAGACCCCGACCAGCAAAUGACGUACACUUUUACUUUCACUGUCAAAUUUCCUCAUGACGAUGACGAGAUUUAUUUUGCUCACUGCUAUCCAUAUACUUACUCAGAUCUUCAGGACUAUCUAUCAGAACUAUCUUCGCAUCCUGUCAAAUCUACAUACAGUACAGUUAGGCUUCUGUGUAAGAGCUUAGCUGGAAAUAAUGUUUUUUAUGUGACAAUCACCUCUCCAGUUGUUCAGGGAGAAACGAAGAAGAAACGUGCAAUUGUGAUAUCCGCCCGAGUGCAUCCAGGUGAAACUCCUUCAUCCUGGACGAUGAAAGGCAUUCUCGAUUUCCUAACCAGCGACUGUGGACCUGCCAAAGAAUUACGGGACAACUUCAUUUUCAAACUAGUGCCAAUGUUGAAUCCGGAUGGCGUUAUUGUGGGCAACAACCGUUGCUCUUUGUCCGCCAAAGAUUUGAACAGACAAUACAGGACAGUGAUUAGAGAUGCCUACCCUUCCAUAUGGUAUACCAAGCUAAUGGUUAGAAGACUAUUAGAAGAAUGUGGAGUAGCCCUUUAUUGUGAUCUCCAUGCACACUCCAGAAAACACAAUAUCUUCAUCUAUGGUUGUGAAAACAGGAGAGGAGCUGAGAGAAGGCUUCAGGAACAAGUGUUUCCUUUAAUGUUGCACAAAAAUACUGCAGAUAAGUUCUCUUUUGAGAGUUGCAAAUUCAGAAUCCAGAAAGCGAAGGAAGGAACAGGCAGGGUUGUGAUGUGGAUGAUGGGCAUAGCCAAUAGCUACACCAUGGAAGCUUCCUUUGCCGGUUCCACUCUUGGUAACAGAGCCGAUACCCAUUUUUCUACUCAAGACUACGAACAGAUGGGUCGAUCUUUCUGUCAAACUCUCUUAGACUUUUAUGAUGAUGAUCCCAAAAAGGAGAAACUGAGAAUGAAAAUUGUCGAGAGGCUGGUAAAAGAGGGGUCAAACGCAGAUGAACCCAUGAAUAUUCGUCUCAGUGACUAUUCAAGUGAUGAUGGAGAUACAUCCAGCAGCAGCGAUGAGGUGGGACGUGAAGAAGAAGAAGAAUACGUCCAAAUAACUGCCCCACCACCCUCACCGGCAGCGGUGAAGAAGAAAUCCAAGAAAUCUUCUUCCGCAAUAACGAAGGUGGCUUCAAAAAGUCCGACUGUUCCGAGAAAACCGUUGCCAAUAUGCAAAGCUACCUUGAAACUUUCUUUAUCAGACAAAGACAGUUCCGACUCUAGCUCAUCAGAUAGUGAAUCGGAAGUGGAAAAAGUUAAAGAGAAAGUUCGGAUUUUGCGGAGACGAAGGAAGAAAAAGUUAUCUAAGAAGAAAAAGAAAAGGAGUGAAAGCUGGGACCAGUUUGAUCAAAUUCUUGUAAUAGAAAUUCAGCCUGUUCAAGACUACUCUGAUAGCGAAGGACAAGUUAGCAGGACUCAAAGAAGCAUUUCGGUUUUUGAUUUGAUCCCCACUGAAUCGUUGGGAUCCCACCUGUUUAAUAGAAGAUCAAAAACACCGCAACCAAAGCUUGUGGAGAAAAAACCUCAGGUCACCCGACAACUAGCGGAAGUUCAAGCUAAAUUGUACAGCUUGAAAAAUAAAUUGUGGUUUGGAGUAGGCAAUGGUGACGUACCUUUAUCUUGGGGAGGCGGUGAGAGAGCUUACUUUUCCGAUGGUCGGACUUCCUCACCACAGAAGAGGAACCAUACUAAAUCUUCUAAGAAAUGUCUGAAAUCGGAUAAGAGGAGCAUAACGAAGGAAGUGAAGCCAAAAACUGAAGGGAAAGAAAAAUCUUUGAAAAACCAAAAUGGAUUGAGAAGACAAGCAAAUGUUGAAUUUUCUUCCCAGCCACAACAAACCGUAAAAGGUUUACUUCGAAAAAUAAAAAGCCUUCCUGAAACGUCAUCCUAUGAAUUAGUGAGGGAGAAAUCCAAAUCUGCAGUUAGUGGCGACGAGGACAAAACAGAAAAGAAGAAGAAAAAAAAGAAACGAGGAAAGCUGUCUAAGAAAGUUAGGGCUAUCAGUAACGCAAGAACAUUCACACAAAAAGACUGAAUAUCUAAAAAAAAAAAAGAAUUUGUUUUGUGUUGGUUUGUAACGACUUAUGUAGUAGCAAUUUGGUUCAUAUCGACUGUACUGCCGUAGAUGUGAUAAAUAUACAAAGUAUACUCCGUA